GCGACCUGUUGAUGCGGCCCGGUCGAAUGAGGAAAGCGCGGUUCAUCACUUUUCCUCCGUCUACUAUCGCGGACGUCUUAAAGGAGACGCGAAAAAUCGUCUUUUGCCGACUCGGCCCUCGCGGCGAAAGUUUCCGUUGUGCGUUCGACGAUCGGCACCCUGAAGAUGUACGGGAUGUUGCUCGAGAGCGUGCAGCACUUCGUGCAACUCGAAUACGGCGACGAGAUAUGGCAGAGGGCGCUGCAGAUGUCCGAAUGCAAGUACACCGUGUUCAACACUCACCAAGUAUACCCCGACCAUAUCAUGGCCAACUUGGCCUCCGCUCUCGCCCAGAUCACCGCCAAAUCGUACGACAGCUUCAUGACGUUCUUCGGCAAAUGCUUCGUUCGAUUUUUCAGCAACUACGGGUACGACGAGACGAUCAAGGCCACGGGUAGGACGUUCACCGACUUCCUGGAGAACGUCGACAACAUCCACUCGCAGUUCAGACUAUCGUAUCCCAAAAUGAAAAGCCCCUCGAUGUACCUGACGAAAAUCGACGAGAAUGGUUGCGUUUUGGUGUACCGUAGCAAGAGGAACGGGUUCACUCAUUACCUGAUGGGUCAGCUGAACCAGAUCGCGAGGGAAUUAUUCGACCUAACGCUGCGCGCCACUGUCCUCUCGUCCGAGGUCAGACAGGUCGACGGCAAGACCAUAUUCAAAGUCACGUUCCGGUUGGACUUCGACAACACCCAGUAUAUCGUCGCGACGCAGAAGAAGGAAGAAGCGCUCCAGAGGACGAUCAGCCACUUGCCGUCGUUCGACAGCGACCUGUUGAUGGAACUGUUCCCAUUCGCUGUACUCUUCGAUCAGACGCUCAACAUCGUAGCGUGCGGCGAACGGCUCGUCCAAGUCGCGGGCGGCUGCGACAAACUGCUCGGCCAAUCGGUGACGAGGUACUUCAGGCUGCGCAGACCCAAGGGUAUCGCGUUCACCUGGAAAAACGCGUUUUAUUUGAAAUCGGUCAUGUUUGAGAUCGAGGUGUUGCGAACGGAACUGGCCAAAAGCCUCACGGAAACUCAAUCCGGCAACUCUUUAGAGGCGGGCGAGAUCGAGAUAGACGGUAAAAGUAUAUCCCCUUACGCCCUGAGGAGGGACAGUCAGCCCGGGCUGCGAAACAUCCUGCUCAAAGGCCAGAUGCACUACCUAGGAGAUAUUAAGGACAUCAUUUAUCUGUGCUGUCCCGUAGUUAACGACAUUAGCGAGCUGCCGGACCAGGGUCUCUACUUGAACGACCUGAACCCGCACGGAUUGGGCAGAGAAAUGGCGCUGGCUGGUUGGCAGAAUAACUCCAAAUUGGAACUAAUGUUCGACAAGGCGGAACAGCGCGCCACCGAGUUGGAAAACAAUCUGAGCCUCCUGGAGGUGUGGAAAAAGCGUGGAGACGACUUGCUCUAUUCGAUGAUCCCCAAACAGGUCGCGGACAGGUUAAGGACCGGCGACAGUCCAUUAAGCACGUGCCAGUCCUUCGACGCGGUGACUGUUAUGUUUGCCGAACUCCUGGGCUUUAAUUCUUCUACGGUGGAGGACGCCAUGGAGCUGGUGAGCACCAUGAACGCCGUCUAUUCGUGUUUCGACGGACUGAUGGACAAAUUCAACGUCUACAAGGUCGAGACGGUAGGUCAGGUGUACAUGGUGGUGGGCGGGGCGCCUCAGCGCACGAAAAGCCACGCCGAGAACAUCUGCGAUGUUUCUCUCUGCAUGGCGAAACACAUAAAACACCUUCAGAUCCCCUCGGGCAACAAAGUCGACGUCAGGAUAGGUGUGCAUUCGGGACCAGUGGUGGCGGGAAUAGUGGGCAUCAAAGUGCCGAGGUACGGAUUCUUCGGCGACACCGUCAACACGGCGUCCAGGAUGCAAACAACGAGCGCCCCCGGCAUGGUUCACAUUUCGGCCACGACGAAGCGCCACCUGCCGAAAGACAAGUACAUCAUCCGGAACAGGGGCGUGGUCAAGCUGAAGGGCAAGGGGGAAGUAGAGACUUACUGGCUGUUCGAGGACGACCUGGCCGAGUACGUAGCUGAAGGAGACUUGGCAGAGGGCGACUGAGAAAGUGUGUCGCUUCAAGUGUAGAUGUGGUUAUUUUAAAAUGUCUGAAAAUAAACAA